GGGAGGGGGCAAGGGUGUCCCGUCGGCACGAGCGCAGAUAGCGAGGAACAGCUGCAGAGCGGUGCGCGUUCACUGAAUUACACUGAGCAGAAAGCAGAACAUCAGAAUUUCACACAGAAAGUCUGUGACACUGUAAGCAGCCCAACGACCAUGGUUGACCGCGAGCAGCUGGUUCAGAAAGCCCGACUAGCUGAGCAGGCAGAGAGAUACGACGACAUGGCAGCCGCUAUGAAGUCGGUGACGGAGCUGAAUGAAGCUUUGUCCAACGAGGAGAGGAACCUCCUGUCUGUGGCCUACAAGAACGUCGUUGGUGCUCGGCGUUCUUCUUGGAGGGUCAUCUCCAGCAUUGAGCAGAAGACCUCGGCGGACGGCAAUGAAAAGAAGAUCGAAAUGGUGCGAGCCUACCGUGAGAAGAUCGAGAAGGAGCUGGAGGCCGUGUGCCAGGACGUGCUGAACCUGCUCGACAACUUCCUGAUCAAGAACUGCGGUGAUGCCCAGCAUGAGAGCAAGGUGUUCUACCUGAAGAUGAAGGGGGAUUACUACCGCUACCUGGCGGAGGUGGCCACGGGCGAGAAGCGCUCCACAGUGGUGGAGUCCUCGGAGAAGGCCUACAGCGAGGCGCACGAGAUCAGCAAAGAGCACAUGCAGCCCACGCACCCCAUCCGCCUGGGCCUGGCGCUCAACUACUCCGUCUUCUACUACGAGAUCCAGAACGCACCCGAGCAGGCCUGCCACCUGGCCAAGACGGCCUUCGACGACGCCAUCGCCGAGCUGGACACCCUGAACGAAGACUCCUACAAAGACUCCACCCUCAUCAUGCAGCUUCUGCGAGACAACCUGACGCUCUGGACGAGCGACCAGCAGGACGACGAGGGAGGCGAGGGCAACAACUAAAGAGCGACAGCCCGACUCGGGAAGAAGCGCGAUUUAAAAAAUACUAAACCAACGGGCUGGUGGACUUUGGCAGCAGUUCGGCCAUGGUUCCCCCUGCAUCAACAGUUGUUUAUUUUUCCACGAGUUAAAAGAAAAAAAUAUCGAGGGUGAAGAAAAGGGAGGGUGUGGGCGGGGGGCUGAAGUCUUAGUUUGACUAUAUGCAGAAUAUAUACAGCUGAACAGGCCUCUGUCUUCUUGGUUCUCUUUGACAUUCGCCAAAAACCACUGAAAGUGUGUCAGUCGGCCAGCAGGGGUCGCUGUUGGUCUGGAAUGGCAGCCGCACACUGGCAUAGAGACUGAUGUAGUUCACAGGAAGCUGCUUAUUUAUGUUGUGGGGUAGUAGACAAGCAUUUGAGAAAGACAGUAAGCUGAGAAAAAGAAAAAAAAAACACACCCACUCGAAUGAGAUGUUUGCAAAACAGUCGUAAAUGGUUCCAGUAUUAGGCUCAAAAUUUUAAGAUCAACAUGGACGAGGUAAAUUUGUUAAGUUUGUGCUGGCGGAAACAGUGAAAUAAAGUGAACAUGGUAAUGUUUGGCAUUCGAUGUAACCAUACGGACUGCUGAACCUGUGGGCUCUCAGAUACUCAACGUGUACAAUAUUUAAAAAACCACGUGAUCUUGAAGUCAUUACAUUCUGUUACUGGAACCAUAGACUAUGUUUAAGGUCAGACGAGAGGAGAGGCAGAGAUUUAUCUGUUACACAAAAAAUAGAAAAUAAGAAAAAAUAUUUCAGCUUCAAAGUUUGUGGUUUACUUCUGUGUUAAUUUAUUUUUGCACUUGCCAACUAUACUGUUUUGUCAGUGUAAGAUAAUUACGAUACUAUCGAUGAUUCAAUAUUGUGCAUGCUGGUGAUGUAUUUACACAAUAGCUUGACUUUAUUAACUUAUACCUUGAAUGUUAUGUAUUCCUAUGAUUGAGUAAUCAGGCUUCAUAUUGAUUACUUAUAAUUUAGCAUUUUGUUUUGAUUUGCUAUACCAAAAUUGUGAUUGUUAAACAAUAAAUUGAACUGUUAUGGCCA